AUGGAGAAAGAUACCAUCCAGACUGAGACGUUCGACGCCCCCGUCCGGGACGCUGCACUCGAACGAGCCCUAGUACGCAAACUGGACAUGCGAGUCGUCCCAACGGUGUUCUUGAUCUUCAUCAUGAACUACAUCGACCGGAACGGGAUCACGACUGCACGACUCAAAGGGCUCGAGGACGACCUGGGACUCACUGACCUCCAAUACUCAAUAAUCCUCUCCGUCCUCUAUGCAACCUACUGCCCAGCCCAGAUCCCCUCCAACAUGGCACUAAACUACAUCACACGGCCCUCACUCUACAUCGGCGGAUGCGUCGUCCUCUGGGGCCUUAUCAGCGCCUUGACAGGCGUGACGCACUCCUUCCGCGGGAUCCUCGCAUGUCGAUUGUGUCUGGGUAUACCAGAGGCGGCGUUCUACCCAGGGGCGAUGUACAUGCUGUCGAGAUGGUAUACGAAGAAGGAACUGGCAUUCCGAUCGGCGAUCUUGUAUUCAGGAUUGCUCAUCUCGAAUGCGUUUGGAACGUUGAUGGCAGCGGGUAUUCUUGGUGAGAUGGAGGGUAAACGAGGAAUCCGCGCUUGGAGAUGGCUGUUUUACAUCGAAGGAUCCAUCACGAUCUGUAUCGGACUCUUGAGCAUGUGGCUACUCCCCGACUACCCACACAACACACGCUGGAUGUCGCCCCAAGAACAACGACUAGCACAAGCCCGGCUCGCAGAAGACGCCGGGGAAGCAGAUAAGGACAACAAAGAGGACAGCCCCUUGCAUGGACUGAAGCUCGCGCUCAAGGACCCGCUGGUAUACGUUUUCUCGAUUAUGAACGUUGCGCAAUUGCUUGGGUUGAGUUUCGUAAACUUUUUCCCGACGUUGACGGAAACGCUGGGGUUCUCGACUACAGUGUCGUUGUUGCUCUGCGCGCCUCCAUGGGUCUUCUCUGCAAUCGCGUGUUGCUUGAAUGCCUGGCACGCCGACCGGACUGGGGAACGGUUCUUCCACAUUUCUGGGUGGUGGUGGGGCGUGAUGACGGGAUUCAUUAUCGGAUUGUCGACAAUGCACACCGGUGCACGGUACGUAUCGCUAUUCCUGAUGGCGUGUGGCUAUGUAGGAUUUGCGAUGACGCUUGUAUGGGUGUCAAAUGUCGUCGUCCGUCCGCCAGCAAAAAGGGCUGCCGCGAUGGGCAUCGUAAACGGAAUCGGAAAUCUAGGAAACCUGAUGGGAUCAUACACGUGGAAAGCAGACUGGGGACCCAAAUACCACCAAUCCAUGGCUAUUUCGCUCGCUGCACUUGCAUUCAGCACCCUACUCUCCAUAGGCAUCAGACAGAGCCUCGUACGGAAGAACAAGAGGCUCGACAAGGAAGACACUGUAAAUAUUGAUGUGAAUCGGGUGGAAGAAGCAGCUCGACUGGAGGGGAUAACGUUCGAGCAGGCGAUCGAGAAACGGAAAGGGUUCCGUUAUUUGUAUUAG